AUGGAAUGGCAUCAAUUUCUGGUGGACAUAGAUGUGGAAAAAAUGGGUAGAAUAUUAAAGCUAGACUCUAUAAAGGGUGGAAAUGCAUGGAAGGGUUAUGACUUGCUUGUGUUCAACAGUUGGCAUUGGUGGUUUUACAAGCCCCCUAACCAGCCGUGGGAUUUCAUCCAAGUUGGAAAUCACACUGUGAAAGAUAAGGAUAGAAUAGAGGCUUUUAAAUUUGCAUUUGAAACUUGGGCCAAAUGGGUCGAUUCAGAAGUUAAUCCAUCAAUAACCAAUGUCUUUUAUCAAGGCAUCUCAGCUUCUCACUAUCAGUAA